ACGAGACAGACAUGCUCAUAUUUGGCGACGCGCUUGUUAUUUUUCGUGGAGAGCUCAUUUAGCUGUAACGUGUUAACAGCAAGUCCAAAAAAAUUAUUCGCGCUUCGACAAAAUGUCUUUCCACGACGACGAAUCCUCGGACCUCGGACUGGCCGGUCAAUCAAAGUUGGAGAGCUUCCUGUUCAGCUGCGAGCUGUCCUCCAAAGUCCCUUUCUACACUUUCCAGGGAGAUGAAGAGGAGGACCUGGAGCACUUCCUUGAGCUCAGAACAGUUUGUCUGGGAGAAGAUGCCAAGGAGGAGAGCAAUGUGGUGGAGGUAACAGCCAUGAACCACCAAGGAAAAACUAUUUCAGUGCCCAUUGCCAACCUUCACAUCAGGUGUCUGCCCAUGGUGAGUCUGGGAGAGUUUGAGCUGAAAGCCCCAGUGACCCUCCGGCUGAAGGCAGGGUCAGGACCAGUCACUGUCAGUGGGCUGCACCUUAUUGCCUCACAGGUCGAUGACUCUGAUCUGUCUGAUGAGGAUGACGAGGACGACGAUGAGGAGGAGGACGAAGAGGAAGAGAUCACCCCCAUUAAACCGGCAAAGAAGAAGCAGAAGCAGUAGGCGGAGAGGUCGCUGACAGGUUUUUUGGAAUGCCUCGCUCGCUCGCUGACGCGUUUUAAGAAACACCACAGAUUUUUGUACCAGACGGACACUUUUUGCAGAAUUACUACUUCUUCCACACAGCCACGUGAAUGCUUAGUGUGGUGGCAGCUAAACAUGCUGUGGGAGGAAGGAACAUCAUGAGGGGCUCUGAUGUUCUUGCCUCUCCUCUCAGUCUGAGCAGUGUAUUUAACUGCGCUUAAGACAUUCACUUACAGAAGAACUGUUUUUGCUAUUACACAAUGUUUUAUACUGUAUAUGAUACAGUCACCACCGAUGACAUGGAUUCAUUGAACCAGUGGUGGAAAACGUGUCUUUUGCCACCAGUGGAUUCUAGUAUUGUCUGAUGAUAGUGUUCUUGUUAAAGUUAAAACAUUUUGUGUGAUUGUGUGUGUACUCAUCAGACAAGGAAGAAGGGUUUCCAGAUGAAUUGUGGUUUCAGCUGAAUGGUGCAAUCAGAUGAUUUACAUACAUACGUAUUAAAUGUUUUGCCAGAGUAUCUCCAUUUCCAGUUGUUUGUACUUCCAAAAUCCAGUUUUUCUAUGUGAUGACAGUCAUAAAUGUGAAGAUUUUGUACACCUA